AACAGGAUGUUACAUGUUGAUGUUCGCUUUCGCUUUUCACACUACAACGCAGUUUAAGAUACUGUGUGCAGCUUUUGAAGACGUCGAUUUAUUCGUGCAGAGACUACACAACUCCGGGCGUGGACGACGACGGAAUACAAUGGAGCACUCGACAGAUGUGGAUCUGUCUACGGAAGAUGGUAAUUACAACUACGUUUCCGGAUCUGAAAACGCAGAAAUGCCACAUGAAGGUAAUUUUCAGGGACACAUUUCAGGAUCGCUAGGGCCACAGUACAGUGUUGUGCCCGGCAGAAGAGAUAAGGCAUUUGAUCUGAGAUAUCCUAAUGAUUUUAAUAUAACGAAAAGCCCUCGAUGGAACACUGAAGAAAACCCUGAGACCUCGGACAUCGAGAAGUGUGAAUAUUCUCUGCUGCAGUAUUUGAUUGAGUGCAUUCAAUUUCAUCAGGCCCUUAUCAAGUUUUCAAAAGACAUGAAUAAAUUCCUGAGUCCAGUCAUUCUCAUCUUCUUUGUCUUCAGCGAGGCUAUGAUGUGUUUAUCUACUUUCCAAUUAGCGUUGGGUCAGGCUGAUGAGCGCAGUUUCAAGUUCUUCACCAGCGUUAUACUGGCCUUCAUCUGGCCACUGGUAGUAUGCACGUACGGCGAUGAACUCAUGCAGCAGAGCGCUGCCGUGAGCCGGGCGGCCUUCGGGUGCCAGUGGUACGACCGAUCACCCAGCUUCAACAGACUCCUGAGGACUGUCAUUAUGCGGGCUCAGAAACCCGUGAUACUCACCGCUGGAAGGUUCUACGUCGUGUCGCUGGCAACUUUCGCUGAUAUAGGAAACAAAGUGUACGCCUACUUUACACUCCUGAAACGGAUGAACGAGAAGUGAAGUCAUGGAAAGACAAGAAAGACAAUGUUAAAGAACUAGCCGUAUAAUAAAACAUUCCUGAGAAUCGAAACAAAAGUAAAUCACCUGUUAACUUCUCCGACACUCCUGCACGAACGCCAACAUUUCGCAACAAAGUUUUGCUUCACAUACACCACAUGAGUCUGUUCACUAUGCAAUGUUAUAAAUAUAAAUGACUAGAUAUUAUUGCACGCGGAAUAUUCAGAAAUAAAGGCCACGGAACUGUAUUUGAAAAAGUAACUUGCAACGUGUGUGUUACUCGAUUAAUUUGUACUACUCACCAAAUAUUAUUACAUUGGUAAAAUCAAGGUGGA